AACCACAUCCAAAUCCUAGAUUUGGGGAUUUUGGUGAAAAGAUGGGUCACAGCUUAACAAUCUUGACCAAUAAUACUGGGAUACAUGAAUUUGAGUUGUAAGUAGUGCUGUGAUUAGAGCACUGAAUAGCAUUUAUGAUUUAUAAUUACUCCUUAAUUACAAUUUACACCGAUAAAAUUUCCUUUUACAGAUCGAAAAAAAAAACACAAAACUUAUUUACACAAAUCAGUCGGUGCCCGACCAUCUUCCUCUUUCUCCAUGUCUCAAAACCCCAUUUAAUGAAGUCCAUCACUCAUCCCUUCAACCUCUUCUUCACUAAUUAGACUUUCAUUUCAUUUUUUGAACCCUAAAUUACCAAAUAAUUUUUGUUUCUUCUACUUCAUUCUUCAUUUUUUUCAUAUGCAAUAGAAAAAAAAAAGAUUCUUCAAAAUGGGUCAGGAUUCGCCGUUCACGGCUCUGAAACGAGGGAGCGGAGCUACAGGAAGUUUACCAACAACGACAAAUUCAGCAAGCUUAAGAACAGCAGCUAGAGUACCUUCUCGCGGUCGUCAGAUCUCGAAAACUUUCAAUAAUAUUAAGAUUACGAUUCUAUGCGGUUUCGUUACUAUUCUUGUUCUUCGUGGGACGAUUGGUGUCGGUAAUCUCGGCGGCGGUGGUGGUGAAUCGGAAGAGCAGAGGAAAAUUAUAGAGAAGACGAAGAUAUUUAUUGAUCAGCUCAGAUCUGAUGAUGAUCCUUCCGAUGUGUUGUUGAAUAAUGAAUCUGGCGGCGGCGGUGGUGGUGGUGGUGGUGGUGAUGAUGAUGGUGUUAAUCCGAAUGUGACGUAUACGUUAGGACCGAAGAUAACGAAUUGGAAUGAAGAGAGAAAGAUCUGGUUAGAUUCACAUCCUGAGUUUCCUAAUUUUGUUAAUGGGAAGCCAAGGAUUUUGCUGGUUACUGGUUCGCCUCCGAAACCAUGUGAUAAUUCAAUUGGUGAUCAUUAUUUGUUGAAAUCGAUUAAGAAUAAGAUCGAUUACUGUCGUCUACAUGGGAUUGAGAUUGUUUAUAACAUGGCUCAUCUUGAUAAAGAGUUGGCUGGUUAUUGGGCGAAAUUACCAUUGAUAAGGAAGCUCAUGUUGUCUCAUCCGGAGGUGGAAUGGAUCUGGUGGAUGGAUAGUGAUGCAUUGUUCACUGAUAUGGUAUUUGAGCUUCCUCUCUCUAAAUAUGCUGAUUAUAACAUGGUUAUUCAUGGUUACCCUGAUUUAAUGUUUAAUCAACAUUCAUGGAUUGCUUUGAAUACUGGUAGUUUUCUGUUCAGAAAUUGUCAAUGGUCAUUAGAUUUGCUUGACGCAUGGGCACCUAUGGGUCCGAAAGGUAAAAUUCGUGAUGAAGCCGGUAAGAUCUUGACUGCGAAUUUGAAAGGGAGACCUGCAUUUGAGGCUGACGAUCAGUCUGCAUUGAUUUAUUUAUUGAUUUCACAGAAAGAUGUGUGGAUGAAUAAGGUGUUUCUCGAGAAUGCUUAUUAUCUACAUGGGUACUGGGCGGGGUUAGUCGAUCGGUACGAAGAAAUGAUGGAUAAGUAUCAUCCUGGUUUAGGUGAUGAGAGAUGGCCAUUUGUUACUCAUUUUGUUGGUUGUAAACCUUGUGGAAGUUAUGGUGAUUACCCGGUUGAAAGGUGUUUGAGUAGUAUGGAAAGAGCUUAUAAUUUUGCUGACAAUCAAGUCUUGAAACUCUAUGGGUUUAGACACAGAGGAUUGUUGAGUCCUAAGGUCAAGCGUAUCAGGAACGAAACAAGUAAUCCGUUGGAAUUUGUAGAUCAGUUUGAUAUUCGUCGUCCUUUGUUAGGAGAAAGUGGAUCAGAGUCAAAAAACCCAUAGAAUGAGUAUACUUUACUUCUGUGUUGUUUCAUAAUGUGAAAGAUUCUUUGAUAAGAGUGGCAGAGUGUAUGUGAAACUCAGAACAUGUUUCGAACUUGAUUGUGUACUAGUUGGUGUUGUUUCAUGAAACUGGAGACUUGUUCUUUCGGAGGUCUACAUCUUUUUGGUAUGCCGUAAAAGUAUUCUGAUCACUGUUCAGUUAUCUCUUUGAUGAUUCCUUGUAUGGAUUUAUACUUUGUACUAUCUAUAUACCACCAUUUUACUUCUGGAUCAUGAAAGGCCAAGGCAAGAUAUGUGGUUGCAUAGUAGAAACUAGUCACUUAUGGUGUUUAACGUGUGUUGCUCUUCAAAAUCUAGUAGUAUUCAGUGAAAUGAAAUGAGUCAGUUUUGAAUUUCA